AUGGCCCAGACAUUAUGCCAGUUUGUCAAUCACGUAGAUGCGCUACAGCAUACCAUCGCGCAGCUCAACAAGCAGUUCCUCCCCCCUUCGCCAACCUUUACUCACCACAGCCCAGAGGAUCAGGAGUCCACAGAUCAAGCAUUGGCUGUCGUCAAGCAUACAGCGGACGGCCAGUACGACCCAGCAGGGAAUGAACACAUUCCAACAGGACCAAACCGAUCCUCUAGUUUGAAUCACGAUGGAAACCAAGACCAUGAAGACGGGGAACGACUAGCAUGCCUCUACGCCGAAUACGGAGUCGAUAAUUCCUGGCACCUGCCGACGAACCGUGUUCGGACUAUCUCCUAUCCUCUACCUGAGCCUCAGCCGCUGAAUGGACCCGAACCUACGACAGGUAUGGCACUAUACAGAUCCCUUCCUCUGCCCACUAGUCCGCGAGCCCAGACUCCUGCCGCAGUAAAAGCCGAGCAGAGCAAAGCCACCGUGCAAGGCAAACCCAAAGGUCGUAGUCACUCCGUUCCUAUUAUGAGUCUGCGGUCUCUAUAUUGGUACGAGAUGCUCGACUAUGAAUCAGAGCCAAAUCCCGGGUCGAUAACCUGGGAGGAGUCCGCAGAGGAAGAUGUAUGCAUUGAAGGGACCGGUCCCUUCUGGUCCGAGAAAGAGGUAGGUAUUGAGGGGUACAUUGACGGCCGUUGCGCGUCUAUCGUUUCUUCUAUUGAUAGAGAACAGAGGAGCAUGGUCUGGGAAACUGAACUCAGGAUAUUCCAGCAGGCACACGAGCUCGAGCGGGCGAAAAAAGAAGUCGCACGGCUGAAAGAGAGGAUCAAGGACCUGCAAGUUGCAGGUAGAAUAUACAGGGAUAAGCUGACUAUGGCAACCCAGGGCAUUGAGGAGGUGAAAGAGCAGUGGAGGAGAGACAAAUCUGACCUUAUGGAUGCCCGAGAGUGUAUUACAUGGUUAGAAAUGCAGUGGGGAAAGGAUCACGCUGAGCUUCUUAUUGCUCGUGACUAUAUUACGGAACUGGAGAAAACAGGAGUUCAGUGCGACUGCUGGAGGAAAAGGAAGUGGGAGCUCGACGUGCCGGGCUCGACGAAGAAGGCGAAAGCUAAUGGGGGCAAUGCGAGACGGAGGUCGUAUGAUGAUUUCUGGGCGGCUCAGGAAAGUCGCCGAUCAGUUUUGUUUUCUUAA